AGGUUUCGCCUUGGCGUGUCGAGGCAAAGCAAAGUAGAACAUCCAGAAAACAUUGCCGAUAAACAAGCAAUCAACAAUCGCAUGGGAAAGCCCAUUUAUAACGUCAUUCGGCGCGUCGUUUUGUUUAGUACUCGUUCGACUAUCAGUAGGUAUACUUAGACAGCAUGUGUCGCAAAACAUUCCACCUGCUCGUGAUAUCGCUUCUUUCGCUUUCGAUAUCGCACGGAGAAGAUUUCAACCCCGAAAUUUGCCAAGACAAGCCAGAUGGAACCCAGGUUCGGAAUCCCUUUCAGUGCAACAUGUUCUUCGUUUGCGAGGGAGGUAUGAUCGACGAAAACGAGGGCAUGUGCCCGGAUGGACUGCUGUUCAAUCCCGAUCCUGCCGGCUGUGACAUUCCGGCGAAUGUCAACUGUGGUGACGUUCCACUUCCGCCUGGGUUUGAAACCGAAGCACCUACCCAGACACCACCAACGGAGGGACCAACAACGGUUCUGCCUACAACGCAACAACCGGAUCGGGAACGGUGCCCCGAGGAGGAUCCGGAAGAACCGGUGUUCUUGUCGGUGGCGGAUGAUUGCGCUGCGUACAUUCUGUGCUUCCAUGGACGGGAAAUUCUCCGAAAGUGCCCAGCUGGACUGCACUGGAACAGACUCAGCAACGAUUGUGACGAUCCGAAGAAAGUGACGUGUCCUGAGCACAACGUGUACGGGUGUCCAGAAGACGGAAUCGAUUUCCUGCCUCAUCCGGAUGGCUGUCGAAGGUUCAUCUACUGUCGGGACGGUUUUGCACGGGUACAAGGAUGUUCACCGUACCACGGGUAUGACGUUGAGAAGAAGACGUGUGUGUUCAAUGUGGCGUGCUGGACGUAACCGUAUAUUGUUUAUUUACGACUAA